UGUAUAUUUAAUGUUGAAAGUAAAUAAUUUAUAUUAUCUGCAUAGAAAUUAACAUUAGUGUGCUUUGCCAGAGUGCCUUAGAAUAAAUCAUUGUAGGUUGCUUUUAAGACCUUUCUCACUAUUAGUAGAUCAUCCAGAAGUAAGUGAAGGUUCUACGUCUAGACAAGGUUCUAUAUCUGAUACAUCUAUAAUUGAUGCAGUCUUCAAUCCUAGUUUGGAUGAGCAAAGUGAACAAAUAUCUGCUGAUUCGGCCCAUGCAUUGUUUAUGCGUGCAACAUAUUUGGUUUGUCAUCGUUUGAUUUCUUCGUGGAAAGCCGAUCUUAAUGUUUCUUUAGCUGCAUUGGAAGUGUUAUCGGGAUUAGCACGGAUUCAUCUACCUUUAGAAAUCCAGAUUAUUGCAGAUUCUCAAGUGUGUCAGAAAGCCGUCAAAUGGAUCUGUGAUUAUAUAGUUUACCAAUGCUCACGUCCACCACCUGCUCACUCCAAAGAUUUACAUUCAACUAUAGUAGCUGCAUAUCAGUGUGUAACCACAUGGCUACUUGAACAUCCUGAUCUUUUAGAAAAUAAAGACUGUGUACGAAUUGUAUUAGAAGUAGUUGAAUUAGGUAUAUCAGGUUCAAAAUCUAUGAUUGAUAUUCCACAUUCUUUGGCUUUACAAAAUAAGUUACCAGAACCACCAAGACUUAAAGGAGAGAAAGAAUUGAAACCAGUAUCUAUGAGAGUUAAAGAUGCAGCUGAAUCUGUUUUAGUUUGCAUGUUAGAUCAUGUGGGUUAUUUUCCUCCUCCAUACGGCUCUGAAACACUUUCAUCAUUGUUAGAUGAGAAAACACUGUUGCAAUAUUGUAACAGUUGGAACGGAAGUAAUCUUUCACCCGAGAAUGCCAUCGAGCAUUUCCGAUAUUUUGUAACAGAUAAUUCCAUAAUUUUGGCACUUCUAGAAGAGCAUUUAGGAAAUGAUCAAGACCCUCAGCCCACUGUAACAGCAUUGAUUCGAGGUCCAUUUGGGAGGAAUGCCUGGGCAAUGCAACUCCGCCAUUUACCUCGUCACAAAUCUGGAUCAAAAAUGCAAAUGACAAAUCCUGGAAGACCUUUGCCAAUGAAUAAUUUAGGAAUUCAUUACAAGAUACGUCCUCGCUAUUUUCCAGAAUGUGUAGAAAGGAUACCUCUUACCAAAGCAGAUAAAAGUAUUCCACCUCUUGAAAGUGUUAUUGGAGAUCCUGUUGAACAUGAAAAGCUCUCAAAACUUGUUGACAAUCAAAUUGCUUUUGAAGAAGCUGUUGAGCGGCAGAUCAAAGCAAGUGAAAGAAAAUAUCCAAAUCCCGAAACUGAAUGCAGAGCUCCGAGUAUUUGUCAAGAAUUUCAAACAUCUCGUCUCCUCCUCUCCCACUUAGGACUUCUAUCUCUUGAGACUUUAAAGGAUUCAUUGACACAACCAUUGCCAUCAUUAAUGGCUCUGGAUCAGAAGCAAUCGGGGUUCUUCAAACAGUUGGACAUAUUGGAUAGGAUAUCUACCCGAACGAGUGAUACAGUGUUUGUAUUUUAUAUGAGGAGUGGACAAGCUUCUGCUGAAGAAAUUCUUGAUAAUGUUACAAGUCACCAAAAUAUUCAUCCUCACUUUUUGGAAUUUCUUUUAUCUUUGGGAUGGCCAGUUGAUGUAUCUAAACAUGCCGGAUGGACUGGCCAUACAUCUACUGCUUGGAAAGUUCAGAAGCCAAAUGAAGAUUUUGAUAUACCUUCUGAUCAUGGCGGAAGUUUAUAUAAUGGAGAACAUCAAGUGUUAUAUUGGUCAGACGUGUUAUCAGAAAUUGCAUUUGUUGUUCCUUCAAAAACAAAAUCUCAUCUGAACGACGAACUGAAAGAUGAUGAUGAUGAUUCAUUGGGAGAAGUGACAUUAAGAAUAAAAGUUCCAGUCAGACCAGAUACAUCACCCAAAGAAAAUGAUAGGCGAAUGACAUCAUUAGAUGAAGGCACUGAUCCCUCUCAUUUGUCAGAUAUUUCCAAACCAAGGGCUCUCUCUCUUAAUUUGGAAUGUCCAGAUAUUCAUCUACAGAGUGGAAGAAGUUCUGGUCGCAAAUUUGGACGUCAGCAAAGCACCUCAAUUGGUUGUGAAGCUAAGGUUAUUGUUGUUUGGCUAGAGAGUUUGGAUGACUAUCUUUCUUUUCCUCUUUCCGAUUUGCUUCCGUACACGACAACUGGAUUAGAAUCCAAUGCUUUUACACCUCGCUGUCCUGAGAAAGAUUCUUAUGUUAUUUUCAUUCAUGCACUGCAGAGUGGGUUAUUUCACAUUAAAAUGCAAGGUCCAGUUGGUCGUAUGACGCUUGCUCUUCCAUUGGUCGACGGUAUGGUAGUGAGCAGACGUACUCUGGGAACUUUAGUAAGGCAGACAGCUCUGAACUUGUGCCGCAGAAAACGAUUAGAUUCAGAGAACUGUCCCCCUCCCCAUGUUCGUCGAAGACAAAAAAUACAAGACAUUGUAAGCAAAUAUCAUUUAAAAUUAUCAGAACCCGAGUUCUACACUUCAUUAUUUUCUUCUGCAAUGGCAAGUUGAAUCAAUAGAUGUACUGUACAAAAAUUAUAUGUAUAUACAUUGUACAAUUUUAAAUUAAAAGAUUGCACUAUUGUACAGGAACAUUAAUGUUCAGGAUUAACUUAAUUUUCAAACGAAUCUUAUUUGUAGUUUAAUUUCACUCAAAUACUAAUUUUUAAGUGAAACUUUCAUUCCUGCAGACAUAGAUUCUAUUCCAUUUAACUUCAAUUAAUUAGUUGCAGUUUGUUCACAUUAAAUCUUUAAAAAGUUAUAUAUUAAUACAAUAAUGUAGAUAUUUAAAAUAAACUAUUAUUUAUAUU